GAACGUUCAGACCUGAUCCUCCGUUCGAACACCGCCGUUCGGGAUGGUUCCCGGUUGAUUUUUUUUAUGAAAUUUUUAUGGUAUGUUCUUCAUCAAGUCUAGUUUAUCCACGAAAAAUUUCAGCUCAAAAUUCGAUCGGGAAGGUCUUCGAUUUUUUGAAGUUGACUGCGUUUUUCUAUGUAUAAUUUGGCGCAGUCAACUUCAAAAAAUCAUUUGAAGGCCUUCCCGAUCGAACUUUGAGCUGAAAUUUGGUAUGGAUAAACUAGACUUGAUGAAGAACAUACCAUAAAAAUUUCAUCAAAAAAUUCCACCGGGAACCGCCCCGAACGGCGUUGUUCGGACGGUGCCUCCUGUCCGAACGUUCGGACAGGAUAAGUUCUCAUAUAUAAAUAUAUAUAUAUAUAUAUAUAUAUAUAUAUAUAUAUAUAUAUACACACACACACACAUACAUACAUACACACAUCCCUGCUGUAACCAAAGGAGAUAUGAAUGAAUAUUAUUUCCAGAGAUUCUCUUGGCUUCUAUACCUUUCUUGGGUGAGAUUCUUACUUUGAGAGGGAAUAGGAGAGUUAAUUCUGAAAUUCCUGUUUUAAGUCUGUUUGAUAGCUUCUGGGAUCUACCAAUUUGGUAUUAGAGCACACGUUCUGAUCAAUCAUGGUGACCACACGUUCUUCCGCUGGCGACAACCCUGGAGACAUCGACCCAUUGGCGGCAAUUGCAGACUUGCGGUUAAGCUAGACUUGUUGGAUGAAUAGCGAGAGAAGAUUUCGGCGCUAGAGGUUCAGUCGCAGGAGCACAAAGGAAAGAAAAAAGAGGAACUGGGCCGACAACGUGGAUGAAGAGGAGGAAAUUCAUAAACCUCGACCUCCAUUUGCAAAGCUUGAUUUUCCGAAAUUCAGCGACGGCAACCCAAGAAGGUGGGUGCUAAAGGCUGAAAAGUUCUUCAAAUACUAUGCGAUUUCGGAGGAUGAUCGAGUGGAAGUGGCUGCGAUGCAUUGAUAGGCAUGCGGGUGGUCAGCUUAUUCAAUAUUUUGAUAGAGUUUAUCAAAGGAGGAAUAAGGGGGGUAGUUAGUUAAUUAAAUAAAGCUGUUAACUAACAGAAAAUGUCCCUGCGUGGACUAUAGCUAUAAAUAUAAGGUAAAUAGCUUAAUAAGGCAGGUUGUUAUUCAGUUGAUUGUAGACCUGGAGAUUGGGCAUCUCGAACAGUCCCUGGCUUUGUAUACUGUUUUGAGUUCUUCCCUAUCAAUCUAAUGUUUGUUCUGUUGUUUUCUAGAUAACUUCUACAAUUUCAUCUAGAUUACUACCAGUGUUCUAUCAUUGGUAUCAGAGCAACUGUUCUGGUGAUCAGAAUUUGCCGUAGUAUCACCAGAAAUUUUUUCUCGUUCUGAUUAGUGGAUGGUGCGAACGAGAGCCAAAAUGGAGAGCCUCAGGGAAGAAAUGGAACGUAGCAGGAUAACAACCGAAGAAACGUUGCUGCAGAUGAAAGCGAUGAUGGAAAAUAUGACAGUAAGGAUGGAUGUGAUGAGCGAUGAAAUUCACGAGAGAAGAAGAUCGCGAUCUCAUCAUCGUCAUCAUUCGUGUCGUUCAAUCAGUCCAGCGGUAUCAGUAGGAUCUACACAAGGGGAGGACGAUUGAAAUUGCUAAACAAAGAGAUGGCAUGUACUACCUUGAUGCAUUGUUUGUCUUCAAACCUCCACAAAAAGCUCUUACCACAAUCACAGUCAAUACCAACACUAUAUGGCUUCACCACAAGCGCCUUGGUCAUCCCUCUUUUCAUGUCUUAAAAACCAUGCUUCCUAGUCUUUUUAGUAGUAUUGAUGUUUCUACAUUUCAAUGUGAUGUCUGUGAACUUGCUAAACAGUCUCAUGUAUCUAUUUCUAGAAGUAAUACAAUCAGUUGUUCUCCUUUUGAUAUUAUACAUAGUGAUGUUUGGGGCCCUACUCCAAUUGCUAAUAUAUCUGGUGCCCGGUGGUAUGUUACAUUUAUUGAUGAUUGUACACGUUUUAUGUGGGUUUUUCUGGUAAAAAACAAGAGUGAGGUGAGUUCCAUCAUUCCUAUCUUUUGCAAUAUGAUUCAUAAUCAGUUCUCCGCCACAAUAAAACACUUCUGCACUGAUAAUGAUCUUGAAUACUUCAAUCAAACAGUUUCCUCUUAUUUCCUCUCAAAAGGCAUUGUUCAUGAGUCCGUCGGGCUUUAUUGUUUCAAUCAAAUAUGCCUAAACACUAUUGGGGGGAAGCCACACUCACAGCAUGUUAUCUCAUCAAUAAAGUUCCCAGUCGGGUACUCCAAAAUAAGUCACUCCUUGAAUCUCUCUGUCACUUCUUUCCUCAAACCAGAAUUUCUUCUGAUCUUGAUCUAAGGGUGUUUGGGUGUACUGCAUUUGUUCAUAUUCCUCCACCUCAUAGGGGAAAAUUGGACCCACGAUCUAUUAAGUGUAUAUCUUUCUUGGUUAUUCUCCAACUCAGAAAGGAUAUAAGUGUUAUAAUCCUACAACCAGAAAGACAUACACCAGUGCAGAUGUGACCUUUCACGAAGACACCUUUUUACACUCCUACUUCUCUCCCUGUGUCCCAAGAUACUCCACAUCUUUCACCUCUGCCCACCUAUACUAUUACAUCUUCUCCACCACAUACAAUCUCCUACCCUUUAAGCCUUUAUCACCAAACAUCCCAUCACCACCACCACCACCACAUGAUCAUCCAUCACCUUCCUUAGAUGUGUCAGCAACCUCACCUACUUCCCAACAGUCUUCAACAUCACCUGAACCUCAAUCAAAUCCACCACCAGACCAUCUCAUUCCUACCUACUAAAUCCACCACUCAUGACCCAUCUUAUCCUCUACCAGUGACAAAAGUGUACUCAAGGAAAAACAGGUUCACUCCAUUGUUGACGCAUGACCAAUUGGCUGACCCAGGUAAUGUCUCUUCUUCUCCACCACCAUCUCCGCCAAUUGCUUUACGCA